AUAGCAGUUGAUGGGUACUGAAGAGUGUCUUGCGAGCUUGUUGUAAUACACGUCCCCUGUUGUAGUGCUUUAUGUGCACCGCAGUUGCUGUCUGUUUCUUGUACUGAAGAGUGACUCGCACGCUUGUUGUAGUACCCGUUUUCUAUUUCUGGUGCUGUAUACACACUGCAGUCGCUAUCUAUGAUUUGCUAAAUGAGAAUGACUGUUAGCAACAUCUUAAGUAAGUCACUUCCAAUCGAUCUUCUUAAAAUCUGGGAUUAGGUGAUUGAAUGGAUACCCUGGAAUGAAGGCAUCUAAUCGUGUUAGAUCUAGUUUGACUUUUAGUGAGAAGUACAGUGGUAUGCAUGUCAGGGGAAGGAAGAAGGUCCUUUGGCUCACUUUAGAAAAAGAAUGUGUCUGAAAUGGGUUCUGUGGGUAUCGAGAAUAAGAUGCAAUUAAUCAAUAUUUUGGAAUGAUUUUUUAUGGUCAUUUCGGUUUGGGUUGUUCUUUUGACAUGGUAACAGGCUCUGACAAGUGUUGGCGAGACACAGAGAGAGAGAGAGAGAGAGAGAGAGAGAGAGAGAGAAAGUGGGGUGGAUGGAACCUUGUACGCCCAGUGUUUCAGGAGGAGCAGAAGCAGUUUUAGCUCUUCAGGAAAAUUCUUCAAUCUCUGUUGCUUAUCACCCUCUUUAUGGCCCACAUGAUGACCUAAUUCUUCUUGAGCUUGAUGAGAAGCUUCUUGAUGAUGUCAUUCAUCAGAGGGUUUUUUUAAGGGGCCAUCCUGAUGAAAAUGCAGUUCUCUGUACUCAGUCUAAGACAUAUGCUGUGAAGUUUGUGGGUACUUCUAACUCCGUACUUCUCAUACCCUCUUCAAACCAAGUGCCAGAGGAUGAAGCUUCCCAGGAUGGUAACCAGAAGAAGUGCGAUCAUGAUGUUGCAUCUGUUAUCAAAUCAGCACCGGGUCAUUUGGAGCUUGUUGAGAUUGCUCCUAAACUGGAUAAGCUUAAGCUGCUUCUCUCAGAGAAUCCUUAUAAGCUUGAGGAUGUUUCAGCAAUGGAGAUGGAAGAGAUAGAAACAGAGAAAAUUGGAUUGUAUAGGUGGCAUGAUCUUGUAAAUGAAAUGCAGGCAAGUGAAGAGGAGCUAAAAUCUGGAUUAAAGGCUCUUUCAGCAGUAGAGAUUGGUGGAUAUUGGAGAUUAGUAGAUGAAUCUUGCAUUGGCAUGAUCCUUAAAAUGCUUUUGCACAACUCAGUCUUGAAUGACUGGAUGCUGAGUGCACUUGAUGAAGAUGAAGUUCUCCAUGUUCUGGAAGCAGAUGGUUUCCCUCGCAUGAUAGCACAUCAUUGUUUAUCAGUGUUUGGUGAUAAGGUCGAUAAGGGUGAAGGUAGAUCUGUCUGGAGACUAAAUGAGAGACGGGUUUGUGUGCAUUAUGCCAGAGAUGUCCUCAGAGAAGGAAAAAUGAGAAUCGAUAAUUUUAUUGACGAGUGGAAGAAGAGGGUGCCUGAGGAGAUGGUUGCCAAUAUUCACAUGUUAGACGGCGAAGUUUUGAAGGAAAAGCUUGGGGUUGAAACAUGGGUACGACCAUUUAGGGUUUCGUCAUUGCCAUCUGAUCCAUCUGAGCGGUUCUCCAUUCUUUUCAAAGAACGUCCAAAAUGGGAUGGGAGGGACCUAGAACCCUACAUCAGGGAUCUGAGCGUUCCAGGUCUUUCUUUGGAAGGUUUACUCCUAAAAUUCACCAGGAGAGUGCAAUCUAGCCCUGAAGCAGAACCUGUUUUCAGUGCAAGAUAGUUGGCUGACUUAAGUAGAUUGAAGUUCCUCAGGAACGGAGGGUCGUUUGGUGAUUGGGAAAGUUCAGCACGUCUUUUUUCCGAGCUUCCGCUGGCUCUGGUCCUGAUUGCAAACCUUGAGAAGUGCCUUCCGCCAGUCAACAGAUGCGUGUCUGGUGUCCCAGUGACCAAAUGGAGAUUCACCAUGAUGUUGCUGUGAAGCUCUCCGGUUCGAUCUUGAGCCCUUAAAGACCAUGCAGAUCUCAUUUGAAUGAUUGAUAUCCAGGUCAUCUGAACACUGAGGUGCGUCGAUAGACCAUCCAUUGCCUUUGCACCCUUCUCUUAAUCUCACCUGAUCUUCAACCCGACUAUGCUUUCAUCUGAAAGGAACUCCUCUUCUUCUCCCAAUCUUGGAACUCCACUCAAGCACACUAUCUCGCUCGCAUCGUCAUAUCUGCGUUGCGAUGCCGAGCAUUUUUUAGAGCUCUUUCUUCUCCUCUCCCUCGCGUUUCCUCUGUUUUCACCGAGGACAUGUCAAGCCUUGCACCCUGCAUCCAGCAACACAGGCGAGGUUUGGUGGAUCCUUAGGGAGGAAGUGGAAGGAAUAGUGCAUCUAGCGACCUUGAUGUAAUAUUAAUUCGUUAACUUUUUCUUUUUUUAAUAAUUUACCAU